AUGGCCUUGUCGUUGCAGUCGACGCAGAAUUCAAGAGGUGUGUCAGUACGUCCGCUAUCAGCAAUGCGACAAGAAUCUCUUCCCAUGUUAGCGGAGCGCUUGCUGGCCACCCGCGCCGCCGCACUGGUGGCGGGUCUGCCGGCCGAGUUAUACUCUGGCGCCCUUCUGGCUGCGUGGCCGCCCUCGCCGCCAGCACCUCUAUUGCCGCCUCCAGAACUAGAGCGCUCUCGUAAAAGACGCCGUGCUUCUAAGUUAGAGGACACCACUUCACACGCGCCACCCUCUCCGCCGUCUUCUGGUUCCUCUCCCGGGGCUGCGGACCCGCCUCGCGAUAAACUCUUCACUUGCAAGGUUUGCUCUCGGUCGUUUGGAUAUAAACACGUCCUUCAAAAUCACGAACGCACCCACACGGGCGAGAAACCUUUUGAAUGUGGAGAAUGCCAUAAGCGGUUUACGCGUGAUCAUCACCUGAAGACUCAUCUACGACUGCACACUGGAGAAAAACCGUACAGCUGUCCUCAUUGUCCUCGUCAUUUUGUACAAGUUGCUAAUCUCCGUCGACACUUGCGUGUUCAUACCGGGGAGCGUCCUUAUGCCUGCGCGCGCUGUCCAGCUCGUUUCUCAGACUCGAAUCAGCUUAAAGCGCAUGCUCUCGUCCAUGAAGGGGAUGCGCCGUUUGUGUGCCGGUGCGGUGCUAGAUUUAGGAGGCGACAAGCAGCAGCACUGCAUAGAUGCUCAGGCGCCGGUUGCGAGCCUGACACCCCCAGUCCGCCCGCCGCGGCCGGCUCGGACUGGCGUUGGGAGGAGUGGCCGGAGCAGACGGAGCCAGAAGAUCUCUCGUUGCCACGGAAGAGGACGGUCACGCCGGAGUUAGCCACCGACCUCCGCAUGCACGCCGCGUAG